AUGGUCGUUCCCCAUAUGGUCAUCCGCCAAGAGGCCCAAGUCAUAACUCAGACAGUUGAGCUCCCCUCCACAACUUACACCACGCACGUCACACUAGGCGUGGUAUCGGUUGCAGCCACGGACCGUCCCGUUGCUGUCACCUCGCAGCACAGUGGCGAUGGUCUAAGCAGCACUGAAAUUGGAGCUAUUGUUGGUGCUGUCGUUGGCUUUUUUAUUCUUUCCUUCGUCAUGAUAUGCUGUUGCUGUCGUCGACCGAGAAAGCAAGUCAAAAGACGGAGGAGUUAUCGCAGUUAUUCUGGUUCUGAGGAUGACUGGUCGGUUGUGAUGCCGCAUGAGAACUGGACGAGACCUGUGCCUGUUCCUACUAAUCGGCCUACGCCGGUGCAGUAUCCGCCCCCUGCGGCGCACAGAGAGCAAGUUCCUGGGGGACCAAAGUUUCCCACUUACAGAGCGAUUCCUAUUCCCAACCCUAGGAGGCCAGAGAAUCUUCCUAGGACUUAUCGGUGA